AUGGAAAAUUUCUAUAAAAGUAAUGAUGUCAUUUUUUUUUUUCAUAUUCAAGCUUCCAAUGGCGGAACCCCUCCUAAAGAUGCGGACAGCCAUCAAAUAGUGACAGAACAGGUGUCACGUGAGCUGUUCAUCAGUAUGCUUACCUUCUCAAUCAUCGGGAUCGUCAUCGCGAUCUGCUUCCUGUUCUUUAACAUCUUCUAUCGGGACGAGAAAUUGAUAAAGAUGUCGAGUCCGAACAUGAACAACAUCAUUAUAGGAGGUUGUAUUCUUACAUACAUCACAGCUAUUAUACUAGGUGUUGAUAUAGGCCUACUCGAUCAAAAUGGUCUUAAAGUCAUAUGCCAGGCGAGGACGUGGAUAUUUUCUAUAGGAUUUACGCUGUCCUUUGGAGCAAUGUUCUCAAAAACAUGGAGGGUAUAUAGCAUAUUCACGAAUAAGAAACUUCAGAAAAGGGUGAUUAAGGACUAUCGUCUAUUUGCUAUGGUGGGCAUCCUCCUACUCAUCGACAUCAUCGUCCUAAUGGUAUGGCAGAUCAUUGACCCUCUACAAGUUCAAGUAAAGAUCAUUGAAGUCAGAGCUGAUCCAGAUAGACCGAAUCUAAUCUUCAAAACAGAACAGCACACGUGCGACAGUAAUUUUGAGCAGUAUUUUAUCUGGACGCUUUUUAUCUACAAAGGUCUUCUGCUCAUUUUCGGUACCUUUAUCACGUGGCAGACGAGAAACGUGAGUAUUCCUGCCUUGAACGAUAGCCGGUAUAUUGGGGUAUCGAUCUACACCGUAGUUAUUUUCAGCGCGCUAGGUGUGCCUCUCUCCUUCCUAUUAGCCGAGAAUAGCAGCUAUAGCUACGCCAUCAUAGCCGGGCUUAUCCUCUUCUGUACAACACUAACCCUCGCUCUGCUCUUUCUGCCAAAAGUCUUCAGCAUAAUUCACGGCUACGCCCCGGAAGAAGUUGGGAGUCGGGUCAUGUCAAAUGUCAACGGUCGUCCCGCUUACUCAUCGGGUUUCCGAAACGGUCCCGGAGGCAGCCGAUCGCAGAAAAAGAGCACGCUAUUGGCCGCCGAAACUAGCCAAACAGCGGCAGAUAGAGAAAGAACUUCAGAAGCUCAGAUCGCUGUGUGAUGCAGCUUAGAAUUAUCAAAAUUAAGAAUUAACAUAUUGACAUUAUUUCAGACUGACAGUUCGCCAUUUUUGUUUGUUGUGUAAUUGACUUCACCGACAUGCAUGGAUAAUGGAUGUUGUUAUUCUAUUCAUAAUGAUCGACUUUAUAUACCGACGACUAUACCAGAAAGUAGCUCUCGUCACCCUACGCAUUUCAAUGAAAAUGGGAAGCUGAAGAUUAAUCGCAGAUGGACGAGCAAAAUGAUACCAAUCACCAAGCAUGCCAGGAACACGUGUUGAUUCGAAAGUUAGUUAGAUAUGUCACUUGAUUCAUCCUAUUUAAAACAAUAUCUGGAUACAUGAUCAGGUGUUUGUUAUUGGAAGAUGUAAGGCCUACAUUAGAAAUAUGAACGCUAUGGCCCAAAACAAUCAAACAUUAGCGAGGAGAAGUUGCGUGAGAUACUGUUGGAAAGAUCAGAAUAUUGAGAUGGAGAUUCGAUCAGUCGAGCGCCCAUUUACAACUGAAGCACUGAUUACAUGGAGAGUUUGUAGGCAGCAAGGGCUUAAUUUUGAAGGUUUGAAAUUAUAACUACAAAUGGCUUGUAUAUAUGGUUUAGACGGAGGGAGUGAAAAGGAGAACAAAAUAUGUUAAGUGGUGAGGUCCUCGAAAGGUCUUUCAUCAAGAACCUUAACUUCACCAAGUUGUUCAGGAUUCAUGCGUAAUAUUGUUUUUCGAACUUACCGAAGAGUUUGAGAACCAUCGUUUGUCAAGAGACCCCCUUCGAUUUGCCAACGCAAAGAAGCACCGAGCCAAAAGACUUGACAAUAUUGCUCGGAUGCACUUCGUCACAACCCAGCAUACGGAUCAGAGAGGCCAUUGCAAGCACCUGCAUUUUGGAGAUUCUAUAGAAAUCUUGCAACAGUGGGCACAAUGUUACAGUAAAAAAGUAAAACGAAUGCUGUUAGUUGACUGCGUUGAACCGGUGAAGAAUUUGAGCAAUACGAUUAUCGCAUUUACCUAUUCAAAAGUCUCAAACCGGAAGUUAUAUUGACCGCUUCAAACGUUUACCUAUAUGUACCCUCUUUUCGUCUCUCAUGUCCGAAAAGCAGUAUGUCACUCGCCCAUCUAUAAUCAAGUUGUUCAAGCUCUCCUCAACCAUGUCAACAAUUGCUAUUGGAUAGGUAAUCAUGGUGAUGCUGAAAGCGAAGGGAUAUGAUGCUGGAAACCGUCGGAUUGUUAGUGAUCUCACUACAAUUUCCUGAUUUAAAAUGUCAUGUAGUUUUCUGUUUCACUGGUACUUGAAUUAUUUCGAGCGCAGAGAGCUUGGAAAUCCCAGCACCGAAGGAUUCCAGAUCACUGUUUACAUUAGUGUAGCUUAAGAAAGAAAUUCAUAUCGCAAUGAUUUUAUCGGCAUGGACCUCGGAAGAAAUCCUGUGCAAAGAUACAAAGACAAGACCUAAAUCUGCAUGGAACAAUAAAAUGGAUGAACCCCACCAACGUUCAAUUUGAUGACUACCGUGAAUAUCAAUUACCCCAAACGACUUUGAAAUAUUCAUAUUUGUGAAUUGUCUUGAAGUGCGUAAGAGUAUACCCAUUAGCUGCACGAUAAUGGCGCCAUGAAUUUUGAGCUUGUUAUUGUCCGCAGCCUAUUAUUUUAGGCUGUUAUUUCUGCGAUGUACUAUUGGAACAACUGAACAAAGUGGUUGAUUAAACAUCAACAAAGAAAAAUAAUAAUUGAUAGUACUAUCGUCGUCCCUUGUGUAUCAAGAACUUCAUUGAACUGUUGAAUCUAAAUCUAUUCCAAUUUGAAUCGAUUAAUGAUUUAAACAUAUGAAUAUUCUGAGCUGAUAAUUAGGAACAUGCUGAUCGUUUCAUAGUGCUGUUGUGGAAAAGUGACGCCGAGAUUAUUGUAGAAUGCUACUGGCUAUAUACCCCCAUAGCGCAUGAUACGCGCUGCAAAUAAUCUCUUGCGUCGCAUAGAUAUCAAAUUCGUGAAAAAUAGACUGAAAAGACAUUCAGGCUGGUUAUGAUGGCCAAAAAAGAACUGCAUGUUCAAAGAGUAUGUUAGUUAAGCAAUUUAUAUAAAUAUGUUCAUUUAGAUAAUUAUGUUAACAUUCAUCAUAUUUCCACGUGUUCGCUUACAUUGCGUCAGCUUGAUCAAUGUGAACUGGACUUUCGGAAAUAUUCUUCAUGGAGAUGGACCUUUUUACUUGAAGUGAAUAAAUCUAAAGGAAAUUGCAAAUUAUGUUUUCUUAUUCCACAACAAUGAAUGAGCAUUCGUGUUGCCUCAACAGGUUCCAGCCUAGUGACUCUGUGAUAAGCUUGGAGUACAUGGUGGUUGGUUGGAAUUGUACGAGGUCAGGGCGAUAAGGCCUUGUACACUGUUGUAACUAAGAGUAAAAUCCUCAUUUAUAUCCUUUGUCGCGUAUGGAGAAUAGUUUGGAACGCCAAGAUCAUAAAACCUUCUGUUAAGUGUUUCUUUUUUGUUUAUUGAUAAGUUUUCCUAAAACACAUAUUUUUGAAAAUAUUCUACUGUUUUCGGUGCUUGAGAUAAUUUCAGAAAAAACAAUAUUUUUUAUCAGCUCAUGGUAUUGUCAUAGCUUGUUCCUUGUAGAUUGUGAAUGAUUUCAUGGACCC